GCUGUUCUGAGCCUGCGCGGAAUUAGCCGCAUGCUCAGUAGCCGGGGUAGGGUUGCUCCGCAUCUGCUGUUGACCUAGCCCAGGAGGGUGAACGCUGCGCGGGACCUGGUGCCUGGUAUCGCUCUUCUGGUUACCCCUGACGGGUGUUUCGUCUGACUUGGUCCCAGUCUUGUCACCGGCCCAUCAUGGCAUCCAGUCCCGCUGUGUUGAUGCGGUUGGUGGCUUCGGCAUAUUCUAUUGCUCAAAAGGCAGGAACGAUAGUCAGGCGUGUUAUCGCCGAAGGAGACCUGGGUAUCAUUGAGAAGACCUGUGCAACAGACCUGCAGACCAAGGCUGACCGAUUAGUUCAAGUGAGCAUAUGUUCUUCACUGGCACGGAAGUUCCCCAAACUAACAAUUAUAGGGGAAGAGGAUCUGCCCCCUGAAGACGUGGAUCAAGAGCUGAUUGAAGAUGGUCAGUGGGAGGAGAUACUGAAGCAGCCGUGCCCAUCACAGUACAGUGGUAUCAAGGAGGAAGAUCUUGUGGUCUGGGUUGAUCCUCUGGAUGGUACCAAGGAAUAUACCGAAGGUCUUCUUGACAAUGUAACAGUUCUUAUUGGAAUUGCUUAUGAAGGAAAAGCCAUAGCAGGAGUUAUUAACCAGCCAUAUUACAACUACCAGAACGAUGAAAAUCAGAAGUUAAGGGAACCCAGGAAUGACGCAAAGGCAGGACCAGAUGCUGUGCUGGGGAGAACUAUCUGGGGAGUUUUGGGUUUAGGUGCCUUCGGGUUUCAGCUGAAAGAAGUACCCGCCGGCAAACACAUCAUCACAACUACCCGGUCUCAUAACAGCCAGUUGGUUACAGACUGCAUCACAGCUAUGAACCCUGAUGAUGUGCUGAGAGUGGGGGGAGCAGGAAAUAAGAUAAUUCAGCUGAUUGAAGGCAAAGCCUCUGCUUAUGUAUUUGCAAGUCCUGGAUGCAAGAAGUGGGACACCUGUGCUCCAGAAGUCAUUUUACAUGCUGUCGGAGGCAAGUUAACCGAUAUCCAUGGAAAUGCCCUUCAGUAUAACAAGGAGGUGAAGCACAUGAACUCGGCCGGAGUCCUAGCCACACUGAGGAAUUAUGACUAUUAUGCAAGUCGAGUUCCCCAGUCUGUUAAAAAUGCACUUGUUCCUUGAAGGGAAAUCUCAUCAACUCAGCCAGGAGAAGGACUUGGUUCUCAAAAAUAAUACAUUUUAAAAUUAAUUGAAUGGAAUUUGAGCUCUACUUUUACUUCGUUGUUGAUCACCAGUUUACAUUUGAUUACUGAGGAGUAGGAAGUAGGAUUUUUAAAUGUCUUGAUAAAUCCAUCACCCAGACCAAUUUUGACAUCUGGAAAAUUUGCAAAGUCACCCUGUGUCACAUUUCUUUUCUUCCUUGUAUUUGGUGCAGUGAAAGAAAAGUUUAUUUCCAAUUUGCUGUCCUGAUCCAUUGUUGAAUCAACAUUCCUAUUUUGUAAACCAGAUUUCUCUAGGGCGUAAAACCAGUUGUUACCUGAAUCUCAUUCCUGUCUUUCAGUGUAAUGUAAAAAGUUUCCCUGCUCCCAUCCUGAAUACAUUAAAAUGUCACUGUAUAUGUUGAAGAAACAGAUUUUGGAGAAAUGUUUCUUUAUAAUAAAUUAUUUACUUUUA